AUGACUGCUGACCCCACAGCCCACUGGAACGUGAGCCUUGCUGCAGCGGGUGAUCCCUGGGGACCGGUGCCGGGAGCGUCAGCCGGAAACAUUUCUGCACCUAUAGCAUCCUCAGCAGCCAACUUCUCCAACCAGUUUGUGCAACCCUCUUGGCGCAUUGCCCUGUGGUCUCUGGCUUACGGUGGUGUGGUAGCAGUGGCUGUUUUUGGAAAUCUCAUUGUCAUCUGGAUUAUCCUGGCUCACAAGCGCAUGAGGACGGUGACCAAUUACUUCCUGGUGAACCUGGCCUUCUCCGAUGCCUCCAUGGCUGCUUUCAAUACUCUCAUCAACUUCAUCUACGCGCUGCACAGCGAGUGGUACUUUGGAGAGGCUUACUGCCGCUUCCACAACUUCUUCCCCAUCACAGCUGUCUUCGCCAGCAUCUACUCCAUGACAGCGAUAGCUGUGGACAGAUACAUGGCCAUUAUUGAUCCCUUGAAGCCUAGGCUCUCUGCAACUGCUACCAAGGUGGUCAUUGGGAGCAUAUGGAUUUUGGCUUUCCUGUUGGCCUUUCCCCAGUGCCUAUACUCCAUAACCAAGGUGAUGCCUGGGAGAACUCUUUGCUAUGUAGCAUGGCCAGGUGGUCCAAAACAGCAUUUUACGUAUCACGUCAUUGUGAUUGUGCUGGUCUACUGCUUUCCACUGCUUGUCAUGGGCAUCACUUACUCCAUAGUGGGAACUACCCUCUGGGGAGGAGAAAUACCAGGCGACACCUCCAACAAAUAUCACGAGCAGCUCAAAGCUAAGAGAAAGGUGGUAAAAAUGAUGAUAGUGGUUGUGCUGACAUUUGCCAUCUGCUGGCUGCCCUACCACAUUUACUUCAUAGUUACUGGGAUCUAUCAACAACUAAAUCGGUGGAAAUACAUUCAGCAAAUCUAUUUGGCCAGCUUUUGGCUUGCCAUGAGCUCUACAAUGUACAAUCCCAUUAUCUACUGCUGUCUUAAUAAGAGGUUCCGAGCUGGCUUCAAACGAGCUUUCCAAUGGUGCCCCUUCAUUGAGGUGUCCAGCUACGAUGAACUGGAGCUCAAGGCAGCCAGGUUCCAUCCCACCCGGCAAAGCAGCCUCUACGCCGUGUCCAGAAUGGAGUCCAGCAUGACAGUGGUGUUUGACACCAAUGAUGGAGACAACACCCAUACCAGCCGUAAGAAAAGAGCAGCUCCAAGGGACACCAGUUUCAAUGGCUGUUCACAGAAGAAUCCCAAGACUGUCCCCACAGCCUCAAGCCUCAUCAGUUCACUGCACUCAUCAGGAGACGAUUACUCCUAA